AUGAAGUCUGCUUUUGUACUGCUGGCCUUUUUGGCUGUCUCACAGGGACUUGUCAGGGUUCCCCUGAUGAGAGGGAAGUCAGCCAGGCAGCAGCUGGAGGAGAGUGGCCUGUUUGAGGAGUACAGGAGGAAGUUUCCAUACAACCCUGCAGCAAAGUUUCUCCCCAAAAAUGAGCAGACUGUGGUGCCCUUGACCUUCGACCCAUAUACGACAUACUUUGGAUUGAUCAGCAUCGGGACUCCGCCUCAGGUCUUUAGGGUCCUCUUUGACACCGGCUCCUCAGACCUGUGGGUUCCCUCUGUGAAGUGCACCAGCUCUGCUUGUGUCAACCACGUGAGGUUCAGAAGUUCACAGUCCUCCACUUUUCAGGCCGGCACAAAGCCUUUCUACAUCUCGUACAACAGUGGAUAUGCAGCAGGGAGUACUGGAUAUGACAUCAUCCAUAUAAGCAACCUGUUUGUGGAGCACCAGAUCUUUGGCCUCACAGAGAACGAGGCAGAUUUCCUGGCCUUUGUGCCCUGGGAUGGGAUUCUUGGUCUGGCCUUCCCUGGCUUGUCAGUCGAGGGAGGCACAACUAUUAUUAACAACAUGUGGAACCAGGGCAAAAUCCCCCAGAACAUGUUCUCCAUGUACCUGAGCAGGUCUGGAGAGGGCAGUAUGUUAAUUCUGGGAGGAACAGAUUCGUCAUAUUACACUGGAAGCAUUAAGUGGAUCCCUGUGUAUAAGGCCACUAACUUUUGGAACAUCCAAAUACAAAGCAUCACUGUGAAUGGAAACACUGUUGCGUGCUCUGGCAGUUGUGAAGCAGUAGUGGACUCUGGUACGUCUUACAUCAUUGGCCCCGGCAAAGAUAUUAACAACAUGAACGGCUGGUUGGGAGCCUUCUCGGAUCAGUCCGGUGAGUUUACUGUGAGCUGCAGUAACACCGAUCUCAUGCCGGACAUUGUGUUCAACAUAAACGGCUACAGCUUCGCUCUUCCUCCAUCAGCUUACGUCAUAAAGUCAAAGUCUGGGUGCAGAACAGGUUUUUCAUCCGGCGCCUGGAUCCUGGGUGAAGUCUUCAUGCGGCAGUUCUACACCGUCUUCGACAUCAGCAACAACAGGGUGGGCUUUGCUCAGGCUGUGUGAAUACAGCCAGUUUAAAAAUUAUUGUGGCCAUUUCGUUAGAGGCUCAAAGUCUGAGAGGUGAAUGUAACUGACUAUGCGUUUAUGACCACAGUCUUGUAAAAGCAUUCAUAUUUGUGAAUGAAGCUAAUAAAAUACAAUCGAUGCAG